AUGUCAAUUACGUCUGAUUACUUUCAACGUUAUUUACAACCAACAAAUACAUGGCCAUUACCAUUUUCCAUUUCUUCCUCAUCAAAUUCAAUUGUUUGUACGAAUCCUACACGAAAUAAAUUUCGAACAAAUCUAUCAGCGAGAACAACCCGUUUUUACAUCGAUGAUAUAUUGGGAAUUUCGAAUGUACAAAAGGCAGCAACUUUGACAAGUAACAAUAAUAUCGGCGAUGAUAAUGAUCAAUGUUAUUUAGAGUCGAAUAGUGAUGGUGGUGAACCGCCUAAAAAACGUAAAAAAGCUCGUACAACAUUUACUGGAAAACAAAUAUUUGAAUUAGAAAAAAAAUUUGAAGAUAAAAAAUAUCUUUCGUCAACGGAACGAUCCGAAAUGGCUACACUAUUAACGGUCACAGAAACACAGGUUAAAAUUUGGUUUCAAAAUCGUCGAACAAAAUGGAAAAAACAAGAAAAUAUUUCAAAUGCUGAAGCAGCCGAACAUAAAUUGGGUACACGAAAAACGUCCACUUCUACCUCAUUAUCAUUAGAUAUUAAUCGUAUUUCAUGUUUUUCAACAUCAAAUGGAACAAAUGGCAUGAGCAGUAGUCGUAGUAGUAGCAGUCACAGUAACAGUAGUGGUGGUGUAAGAUCAAAUAUUUCAAAUGGAGAAGAUAAUAAUAUGUCCCAUUUUUGUUCUCAACACACAUUAGAUGACGGAUGUCUCGCUUUAUCAAUCGAACAACAACCGUCUCAGCUUCCUCGAUCGUCAUCAUCAUCAAAUGAAAGUAAUCAAGUACAAAUGCCAUUGUCAUCACCACCACCAACAACAACACCGGACACUCAAUCAAAAAGACAACAGAUCAACGAUUUUUGUCUUUCACCAGACUCAAAAACAAACACAUUAAAAUCAUCCCAUAAUGACUUUGAAAAAAGAGUAAAAACUGAUUUUAUAUUAACUAAUGAUGCUAUGGACAACACAUCGUACUAA